AUGAGAGGCAUUCUGAUUGUGACCUUGGCUAUUCUAGCGUCCGCCUACGCUUUGGAGCAUAGUAAAAAGUGAGUUCCAAGCGAUGAUUCUAGGCUAUUAAAGGCUAUCAUUUCCAGAGAUUCUCAACUGACCAAAGAGGAUCCAUCGGCGGAGAAGUCGUCUGGACUUGAAGAGUAACUCUGCCCCCUUUUUGUGAAAUGAGAUGAGUUACAGUAUUCUUUCAGACACUCUCGAGAAACUCGCAAUGCUGCUGGAAAAGGACAACACUCUGCUGAUUCUAACGAUGACAAACGCCCUGCUCGUUCUACUGAUCAAUCCGGAAAAGGACAACAAUCCGCUGAUGACAUGAAGGGAAAAUCGCUUGACGAGCAAAAACGGCCUUCUCGCGGAGCCGAACCGACUGGGGACAAGCCAAAUGGAGCUGAUAACGAGGGGUGAGACGCUUCACUUUCAAGUUAUCAAUACGAAAUUGUUGUUCUAGAAGGUCUCGUCCGUCUCGUGGUUCCUCUGGAAAGGGACAGAGCUCUCUCGAUGAGCACAAGCGUCCGACACGAGGAGCCGGAGGGAAGGAACAAAAAUCCGCCGAUGAGGAGAGACGUCCAUCCCGCGCAGCCGACCAGUCUGGAAAGGAACAGCAAUCCGGGGAUGACAUGAAGGGACGCUCGGGAAUUGAAGGGUAGCCAGCCGAGUUGGGGAGUCUUCAAUUCAUUGUAUCUUUCUAGACAAUCCCGUCCAACACGUGGAGCUGAUAUGCACGGAAAAGGAGAGCAAACUCUUGAAGAGCAGAGACGUCCGUCCCGGGAGUCGGGGCAGUCGAGGAAAGGACAGAGCUCAUUCGACGAGCGAAAGCGCCCAGCUCGCGGAGCCGAUGGACGUGAAAAUCAUCCGUUCGACGUGCAGACACGUCCGUCCCGAGAGAGUGAACAGUCUGGAAAGCGAGAGGAAUCGUUCGACGAGAGAAGACGUCCAACUCGUGACGCUGCUCAGAUCGGCAGAGAUCAGCUGUUCGGAAUGUUCCCCUAUCAAAUGCCCUUCGAGUUGGAUGCGGAGUAGGUCAAGAUUCUAGAAACUACUAAAAAACGAAAGCGUUCAGAAAGCAAAGAUUCGAGCGAAACGCCGAAGAGAUGAAGAAGCCUGCAUUCAUGGGAAACUUCUGA